AUGUUUUAUGACAACGAAGAGACAAGUGAAGGCAAAGUGUUCCGCAUCGUCGAUGAGAUUGGGUCAGGUGAUGAAGUGAUCGUGUGUGGAUGAUAAAACCAAAACAAAAACAACCAGCACACACACACAUUGCCAUUCAAAUCCAUGGCCAACACACAUCACACUCUGCCUCAUUAAACUCUGACCACACCAAAUUAGCCGGAGCCUCUCUGUUGUGGAUGCGCGAGCGCGCAAAUAUCAUAAUAAUUGAAAAAUAUGGAUGCAUUUCAAAUAGACCGAAACAACAAGCAAACAAAAACCGUCUGAAAUAAACCGCGGUGUGUGAGUGAUGUAAAAAAAAAUGUCUUGCAAUAUAUUUAGCGGCUUGUAAAAACCAAAUCACACGAAGGUCAAUGCUUAUUACAAUUUUUAUUUGUCGAUUUUUGAAAGUGCAAUCAUUGCUGCUGCUGCCGUCGCUGCGGCUGCUGUUUUUAUUUCUUUCUCUGCCAAGCGAUAAAAAUCACACUGCUAUGAACAAUAAAUGCGGGAUAUAGAGUGAGAAGAGGGAAUAGAAAUAACACAAAAAUACAACGAUUGAAAUUGCACAAUUUGGGUUGAGAAUGACCAAAAGACGAGACUCACAACAACAACAACAACAAAAACAACAAAAACUAUAAACAAAUCGACAUUUCAUUACGCCAGAGAAGAAAGAAAUGAAAAAAACCUCAUUGACACGACUCAAUCCGUUGAUUGAUGUUGGAAAAUCCGCAAACGACAUGCUCAUUUGCCUUUGAAAGCGAAACAUAUACAAUCACCCGAAAAAUAUCCAUUUCGAUAAGAUGGUCCGGUCCCGUCUGACCGUUUGUUUUGGUUUGAAACAAAUGAAAACUAUUUCCUUGAAAUGUCUACCAUGUCCAUAUAUUACCAAUCACUUACCGCAUCUCAUUUUGGGCUAGUUUGGCCACGAAGAAUAGAUGAUGAGUUUUCCAUGCACACCAAAAUGGAAAUUACAGUGGGACAACGCGCGCGAGCGUGAUCCGUUCAAUUGAAUCCAGUUGGAUUCACGACACAUGGUUUUGAUCAUUAUUGGAGAUGGAUGAGCUCACGAUUCAGCCGAUUUGAUGUAUGUAUUAAGCAGCAAAUGGUGAUGUGUGACUAUUGAUUGAUACACUCGAAUCGCGCGCUCAACGACAUACAAAUUCAGCUUCUUUUCUCCCCUUGACACUUGAGCGCAUUGCACCAAAAUCGACGAACGAUCCAGACACGAUUGGCUUUUCAAUAAAAUUGAAUAAUUGAGUGCUAGUUCGAUAAAAGAGUGCCGAUUAUCAGUUCGUUUGUCUAUCUGUCUGUCUGCAGCAAGACUGUUAUUGUUUUCAUUCGGUUUCGGGAGGCAGCGGCGAGCACUCGAGUAAGAGAGAGAAAGAAACAGAAACAGAAAGCGAGAGGGAGAGAGAGAGAGAGAGCAAAGAGUCGGAGGGAGAGUGAUCUGAGCAGAAAGAAAAAGAAAGAGCCAGAAAAUGUUGUUGUUGUUGUUGUUAUUACAAUAAAUUUUCCAAUAGAUUCGUGCGAAAUAUCGAAAAACUACAACUGUUAUUAUUUGUUUUGAUGUUGGUUAUUUGGAAAUUCAAUCUUUUCCUCGUUCGGAUUUCUCUUUUUCACCUCUCGAUAUUGUGCCAGAGUCGUUUACUCGUCAACAAAUCAGAUAUUAUUGUACAAAUGAAUGAAGAAAUGAGAAAAAAAACCAGCCAUUUGUUGUUGUUGCUGUUGCCGUUUUUUUUCUAUAUAUAUAUAUAUGUAUUUAGAAAAUUUAAUGGAGAAAGCAUAAAAUCUUAUGCGAGACGAGCUAGAUGAACGCAUAACAAUGAUCAUUUCGGUGGUGUUUAAUGCGUUAUACACAUGUGUGUAUAAUGUAUAUGCUUGAAUCGAGCAUUACUGCGAUGCAAUAUGUUCUGAUUAAUGGAAGACGCGGUCAGAGAGCGCCAAAAAUUGAUUUCCCUCGACGAAUUCAUAUGGUUUUUCUCUUUUCGAAUAAAUGCCAACACCUGUACCAGUCGCUUUGUACAUCGUUUAACAUUGAAAUCGCUCAAUUCGUCGAAAUAUGCAAUAAAUCGAUUCACUACUCCACAUAAAAGCGAAUACACACAUUGCUAGUUGGUUGGAGAGAAAUAUGAUUAUUUUAGCCAUACGCAUAAGUUAUUUGAGUUUAUGGCGGUAAUAAAUGAAUAAUUCCAUGCUUUAUGGGCAUUAAACACUGCGCGCACAUGCAUAUUCGAUCUAUGCGCUUUUUUUCUCGUCUUUUUUUCAUUUUUCAUAUUUCCAUUUGCACACAAUGCGAGAAGCAGUACCUAAAGAAAACUCAAAUACACACAUUUACAAUUGUUAAGCAAAUAAAGCACGAGAGUAAUGUAAUUGAUAUUCUUUUGGGAUUCUGCUUAAUCUUGGUGUUGCGCAUCGAUGGAGGCAACGAAUUCGUUUGUAUGAAAGACACACAUUAUGGGUUUUUCGCUGAAAAAAAAAAUAAGAAAAAGCGACGACGACGACGACGACUAUAGCAACAACAACGAAUUUAGCGAUAGCCUACAAUCGAGAUGCUCAUUUCCAUUCACUAGUUUUUUUUUUCAUUCGUUUUCGUCGGUGUGGCGCGAGCACAAUUUUCGCUAGUUUUUUUCUCGCUCCUCUAAUUGGCUUUGUGUUGGGCCACAAACGCCAGUUACACUUUACGAACAAAAUUGCAAUGAAUGCAGAGACAGAGUAACGAAUCAAACACAACACAAUAGAAACGAAAUAUAGGCACGAACUCACGCCUCGGCUCCACUUAGUUCGAGAUCAAUUUUUUGGAGGCGAUAAAACUGUAAUAUUGAUUGUGAUUGCUAAAUUACUAUCAUCUCUUACAUAUAGUAUGUUAUACGGCUCUUAUUUUUCUAUCUAUCUCUCGGUAUUUUUGGCUGCAUGCAAACGGUUUUGCCACGAACUCGUGAGAGAAAACGCCUCAUCUCGAUUUCUUUCACUGCACCAGCAACAGUCGAAGAAGAGAAGCGAAAAAAAGUCACGUCAACAUCGACAAAGAGAACUUGAUGCAAUUGAAUGCAUUGUUGUGUGAUUGUGAAAAAUUGGCUUGGUGAUUUUGGAGCUGCCAAAUCGAGAAACAGAUCGACAGACAAUCAGACAGAUAGAUGCGUCACAACGGCCAAUCUGCUAGUGCAGAAAAAAAUAGCAUGGAUUAUUUAGUCAGUUGCUGCAAUAAUCACGUUGAACACAAUAAAUUCAUCAAAUGCCGAAAAUUUCCGUCGAAGAGGAAAAAGUGGCGAAAUAGCUGCAGCCGCAGCGGCAAAAAUCGUGACCAAAGGGAUAUUGCAACUUUUUUGACCAGAAAAAACGCCAUCUUACGUCGUGCCCGUAAAUUAUUUUACUGUACAUUUCGAUGGUAGAGCUUGAACAAAAGUUCAACACUAUGAAUAAACUUGGAAAGAGCUUGAUAAACUUGAUGAAAUACAUAUAUUUUAUGGUAGUUGCAAUACCCCUAUGAUCGUGACGACUGCAAUUUGAAAGUGUCGACCAAUUUUCUGUUGUUGUUGUUGUUGGAUUUUGAUAAAAUCCAAUUUUGAGUGCAUCACGAAUCGAAUGCUAAUGUGACGAAAUGUGAACGGAUCGGCCAAAUAAAGUGAAGCACUUCAAAUGACAACUCAAUAGCAGCAAUUAUUGCACGUCAUUUCACAGGAAAUCUAAAUCUUGUUUUUGUGUGUUUGUGUGUGGCACGCGAGUAAACAUACACAAACACACACCGCUGAAAGCAAUUAAAUCAAUUUGAUAUGCGCUGAAAAUCGUGUGCGAAAGUGAAGAAGAGAGAGAAAAAACCACGAGCCGACAAACGGUAACAUUGUCAUUUGCAUGCGCGCUUACCAUAACAGCAGCAGUAGCAUCAGUAGCAGUAAGCAACCGUCGUCUUCUUGAUUCCGACCUUAAACUCUAUUCAUGCGUAACGUGAUUUUUUUUUUUCUCUUUUUGCAUCAUCUCUCUAUUAAGUCGAUCAAUUUUGAGUUGAUCUCUUUCGUUUACGCGAUACAGAGCAAAGCCAGACGCACGUAUUAACAAUCGCACUGAAUGUGGUACAAUUACUCAUUUGCUUGUUGAUUACGAUGAUGCGCACAAUCAUGUGGCCGCCAGGAAAUCAAACGAUAGCGAGAUAAUAACGCAACAAACCAUUCAUUACAAUUGUAAAGCGAAAUAUAAAAAAAAAUCCGAUUGCCAAAUCAAACAACUGCUGCUGUUAUUGCUGCUGGAGAACAAUCGUGUAAACAGAGAAGAGCAGCAGUAGAGCCAAAGCAAUAACAUUUCUUUCACUUUUUCAAUGUGAGCCACACGUGCGCAAAACUAAACACACAGAAAUAUCAUUGUUAUUGGCUCUUCGCUAAAACCCAUUAAUUGAGUGUCGGAAUCGUCUUUCCUUACAUCUCUUCAUUUGACGCACGCUUGUUUGUGGAGGGUCUUUCCUCUUCUUUUUUUUUUUGCACAAUUUCAAUCGUUGCAUCUUGUGCUCACCUCAAUUGCUUGAUGUGCAAAAAUAUUGACGUAAUCAUAGUGCAAAAUCAGCGUCUAUCUCCGAAUCGAUUGAUAGCUGUUGUAUCUGCACUAAGUAUACUGGCGCAGUCGGUUUAUUUGUGGAAUAAACAAAUUUUAAUUGGAUAACAUUCGAGUCUAAAAUGCAUAUCACCGUGGUAUCACCAUCACUGAGAGAGUAAACAAAGAAUCACGAUGUGAUCUGAAGCAAUAUAUUAUGCGAAAACCGUGUGUGUUUAUGCUCAAGUCGAUUUCGAAUCGCAUUUUGGAGAGUGAAUUCACACCGUGCACUCUCAUUCAUUUUAUCAUUGCUCGAUUCUCGUCUAUUAUGCCAUAUGCAAAGCUCUGAUGCGUUUGAUUCUCUCUCCCUCAUUUGUGUAAUAUCUCACUCUCUUUGCAAUUGCGGUUAUUUCAUCAUUUUCGUGGAAAAGCAAGAGUAAAAUCGAUAAGACGAAAAACAAAGCAAAUAAAACACGCAAAUAUGGGAGAAAGUAAACACAUACGCAUCUGCAAAUAAUUCAGUUGACAACGACGUUGAUCGAUUCUCAUUUACUAUACCCGCUCGCUCUUUAUCUCUAUCACAUCAAUAUAUCUGUUGAUUGUAUCCGACACAGCGCGAAUUUCUAUUCUUAAGAAUAAAUAUCAAUUCAUUCGGCGAUUACAGGUUUCACGUUCAAAUUGAUCAUGUGCGAAGUUAUCGCACCGAAACGAGUUUUUUUUUAAAUUCUUCUCUUUAUCACAUUUUGCAAUUGUCACACGCGAUUAUUUUUUUUUUUGCAUACCGUUUAAUUCACACAGAACAUACAAAUAAUAUAGAUUCGAACCGAAAAAUUGGCAUGUUUGAUUGCAACUUGCUCCAAUAAAAUCUUUUGGGAAUAAAUCAAUUUCGGUGUUUGUUGCCGUUGUUGUUAUUGCCACAAAAGAUACACAACGUCCGCAUUUAUUUAGAUUGCCAUCGAUUUAAAAGUGAUUUUACGACGAUGAUGGUGAUGACGACGGCAAUAAUAAAAAAAAACCAGCAAUUCCGAUUCCGUGGCCUUCGCAUAGUAUUAAUGGCACAUACCAUUUGGUUGUGUUUAGAUAAAACCGGAAUUUGUUUUUUUUUUGUGUGUGUGCUCUUGAGAUCACUUGUGACAUGAUCGCUUACAACUGUUGCAGCAGCAGCAGCACGUCUGCUUCCAUGACGUUGCCUCGAAAUUCAAUCAUUGCUCGAUCACGCUCACGCUUCGGCCUCUUUGUCACAGAAAUGACAAUAAAAAAUAACCAUUUACAAUUGAAAUCAUUCAAUCAUACGCACUUCAUUACACAGUUCAAUGCGUGAUGAUGAACUUUGAUUAAGAUACAAACUCAAUUGGCCGUUCAAUAUUUGUUAUUCGCAUUUUUAUGACGCCACUAAUUUCAUUUCAAAUAACUCAAUCGAUCUUUUGUUUUGAAUGUUGACAGAGCGUGUGCUUGUAUUGGACGCCCUUUUGGAACUUUCCAUUCGGUUUCUAUGCAAGGUUUUUAUUGCCUACUUCAGAUCUUUGAAUUGCAAAUUCGGGCAAUUCGGGUGCGGAAACAACUUCUCCGAGAAAUGAAAAUAUGAAAAGAUGUUUUCUUCGGUCGGUUUUUUUUUGUCAUCUGAAUUUAAUUCACACAUUUUACGAAAGGAAGAAAAAAUAUUAGGUAAAGUUCAGUCGCAACUAUUAAACGGAAAGUCAAGGCAAAGCAAGGCGAAUGGCAAAAGCAGUUUCGUUUCAAAAACGAAAAGAAUUGUAAAAAAAAAACAGCAGAGUAAAGAAUUGCCAUAGGAAAGUUUUAUGUGACUGAACAAGCUGAGAGCAUAUGGUCAUUUUUCGAAAUUCGACGAACACAUUUUUAUAUGCUGCCAUAAAAUUAUGGUAAUUUGUAAUUCUGCGAUGUCUUGAUAUUGUAGUGCAAUACUUCCUUACUGGCUUAGCCGAUUAAAUUAGAGAAAAAAAAGAACAGCGGCUCAUUAAUUAGCCCGCAAAUGCAUCCAACUAAACAAUAUAUCUGGAAUUCCCCCCUGUAAAACCAACGAAAUUUUGGUAGCUGGAUAGCCGUGUUGCGAUCUCGAUCGCACACACCCUGCAUAAAUCAUUCGAGCGGCAGCUAGAACAGUUCAGCUCAUUUGAACUUUAUCGGAUUGCGUCAUCUGUUUGUUGAUCAUUCUUCUUCUUCUCCGUUUUCUCUCUCUCUCUCUCUCUCGCUCUCUCUCUUUCUCAAUUUUUAUUUUUGAAACCAUACGAUAUUCUACUAACUGGUUGGACAAACAAAGCUGAUUCCAUAAAGAUCGUUUGUACUUAGGCGCUGCUUGAUCAUAACAUAAAUUUUCUUCGGCGUUGUCAAAAGUGUCUUUGGGUAUAACAGAUAUAUGCGAUGUGACAUAAACAGAAAACAAACAAUUGAUAAACAAACAGAAAAGACACCGGAAAUUUUCUAGGCGAAUGUUUCUUCUUUUUCUUUUUUCUCUCAUGGAACAUUUUCACUUUCUGUUUGUGACGGAAUGGAGAAAAAAAAGUUGGUUGCUAAAUAAUUACGUUCGCUGAUCGUUGCUCGCGCUGCCUGCCGACCGAUCUAAUAAUAGGUUCUAUUGUGAUCGUUAUCGAAUUGACAUUUGUCACAUUUACAACUAUGUCCGGAGAGGGGAAGGGCGUUGUGUCAAUCAAAUAUCGAUUUAAAUAAAUUUUCGUCACUUGAGACAAGAUACACGUUGUGAACGCAAUCGCAAAUCAAACACACACUCACACACGUACAAUCAGAGAGGGAGAUAGAGACAGAGAUGCCCAAAAACAGAGACCGUGUGCGUUUAACCGCACUGAAAACAAUUUAAUGGCGAAUGAUUUGUAAUCAUUAUUAUUUAAUUUCCUUUCGUUUAGUUCUCUUUUUUUGUGAUCUAAAGUCAUGAGUUUCGAUGAGAAGAACUGAGAGCGAAGAAACAAAAAUGAAGAACGAAACAGGGAAACAGAAAAAAAAGCAACAACAACAACAAACACACGAACAAUCGAUUUAAAACUGUUCUGUUUGAAUGUAAGAACAGAUAUAUAUUAUGGAGACACAAUGCGUCAUCGCAAUACCAAAUGCAAAUAAUAAAUGAUUCUUCAAAUAGAAAAAGAGGAAGCGAAAAACCACUGAACGACACAAUAGUGUACAUCGGGGUUUUAUGAAGAGAAAAAAAAAGCAUUAGAGAAACAAAAAGAAAAAAUAAUAACAAAUGAAUGAAUGGAUAAAAAAAGACCAACAAUCAUACAGCGCGCAAUGACUCAUUCAUUUUUCAGUGCAAAGGAAAAGGUAGAGGAAAAAAAGCCAGCAACACACAAAUCAAAUGAAAUUACACGCUGGAGUUUGAAUAAAAAUAAGUCGCAUUGAAAUUAAAAAACUCGUGAGUGAACGUUCUUUUUGCUUUUUGACGAUGACGACAGCGGCGGCUGCACGGAUGGCGGUGGUGGCAAUAGCACCACAGAGCGAUGAGCGAACGAUUGAGCGUGCACACGCUCACUCGCUCACGUUGUACUUACCAUUUUUUUUGCAUUAUAUGCGAUGCAGCCAAAUAAAAUGAAUCGCCGCGCGAUUCACAUAAUCCGUCUGUCGAGAGAGUUAUCGCUACGAAAUGAAUUCAGUCAAUCGCACACCACGCCAUGAUGUAUGGGCCACCACCAAUCGUCAUCAUUCCUUUCAGUCAAGAGUCCGAACUGAUUACAUUUCAAAGAUAGACGACCAUCGAGUCGCAUCAUCGAUCGUCGCAUGUCGUCAGUGUGUCCAGUAUGUGAAUGCAAUCGAAAAUUUGUUGAUUUUUCUUUGUCGAUGUGAGUGAAGCUUAAUCUUGAUAAUUGUCCAUGAAAUCGAUUUUAAACUUAAAAAUUGUCCAUGAUGGUGUUUGAUAAGUGAACAAAAACAUAUUUGAUUUAAAUGAAUCAUCAAAAAAAGAAAAUAUAUCUUCAUUCAAUUGUUGCGUGAUGCGCUUAAUUUCAAUGUGUGUAUGUGUUGUUAGUGUGCGUGUGUACGCUACCAAUAAUUGCAGUGCCUUGAGGCUAAAAUGAACGUUACCGUUUUUUACUUUUAAUGUUGAAAUUCAUCUCGGCUCAAAAUAUCACCUCAUUCUGAUUAUGUAAUCGAAACUUAUGUGUGUGUGUGUGUGUAUGUGUGUUGAAAUGCGAUCCUCGCAAUUUAUCCAAAUGAUUGAUUCACGUUGGUAGUCUUCUUGACGAAUACCGAAAAGAGAAGCGAACAACAGCAACAACAAAUUAUAUUGUAAUCUCUGUUCACACAAACAUUGUGUGAUGAUUGUUUCAAUUUUGCAUGCUAUUUUUAUUCACUUGCCUUCAUUGCAGAAGAAAAAGAAACAGCAUCGAUCAAUCUUGCGAUCGAAAUAAAUCAGAUCUUGAAUAUUUGUUGUGAAUGUCCAGUUCAGCAGAAAAUACCGACGAUUUGAUUAGAAAGACGGGCGGAGUGUGUAUGUGAGAGAGAAAAUGACGCGUAUUUACCAGUUUGCAUUGCAACUAACACAUAAUGCCAACACCACAUUUGUCAUAACAAAGCCAUUAUUGAGUCACACACGGUGAUCGAUUUUUUUUCCAUCAUCAUCUUCGUUUGUGCCUGAAACGAAUCGAUAAAAAAAAAUACACAAAACAAUCUCGAUGGAGAAUUGAACAUCUCUCUCUCUCAAGCACCGCAGUUCAUAAACACUUGUCAUAAAAAUAUCACGGAAAAGUCGUUGAAUAGGGCGAAAAAGAAACAACAACCGUUUUUUCAUCUCUGCGCGAAUAUUUUGCAGUCUUAUUCAACGAAUCGAUCGUCCGCCGAACACAAGUGUUUUUUCUUAUCUCGAUGCUUGGAGAAAUGUUUCAAAAUAUUUUAAUUGCAACUUUAUGUUGCUCACUUUUUUUUCUCUUUUAAAUUUGCGCAGAAAUCAAAGAAAGUGAAAUGAAUUAAUUAUAGACGGUUUUUUCUUGUUUGAAAACCUGACGAAAACAACGACAACGACGGCACAUUGAAAGAAAGUUAUAAAUUAUAAAGUAAACUAUCACAUUUGAUAUAAUAAAGUGAUAUAAUCGAGUGAUUUGGUCGGAAUUUAUUUGAUUUUGUGCUUUUGUGAUUGGAACUGAAUGGAAAUAAAUGGGUGUUAUCGAUUGAUUAAAUCAAUUGAAAUCAAGUCAUUAUGUCUUUUGAAAGAUAUGAUGGACGAUUUGUUAUCAGAUGUGAUGGUAAUUUGAUGAUGAGGAACCAACGACACCCGUUGUUCAAAUAGAUAAAGUGUGAUUGGAUCAUCGUUUUCGAUUUUCGUAUGGUAUCGAAUCGAUCGAAGGAAGAAAGUCUAUGAGGAUAUUUAUGAACUUAAAGGUUAAUAGACUUAGUGUGCCGUGUGUAAUUCGAACAACAGUGUGAAAGUGAGAUCCGAAAUCAAACGCGAAAAAAAACCCAAAUCAAAUCAAAUCCGCGUGGUGAGAGCAAUGCCCGAAGCAGAGAUACCGACAUUUCUCCAGUAUGGCAGUAAAAGCAAAGAAUCGCCGACGAUUGUGAUAGUGGGUGAUGGUCGCAGUCGGGUGCGUAAAGUGGUGCGAACACAAACGCGACAUGUAACCGUUGUUAGUUAUACGUCGCGUCACAAGGAAUCCAGCACUCGUACCAGCCAUCAUGUGACAACAGUCAGUUUUCCUCAGAAAGUCGCCGAUCGGCCAUCACCUGCAUAUGUUUAUAUGCAGCAACAACAGCAUUAUAUUCCACCGCCACAACAGGUGAUGUAUCAGCAAAUGUGCCACCAGGUGCACAGUGGCAACGGACAUCAGGCAUCUGUUCAUACGCUCAGCAAAAAGGGUUCCAUACGAAACGGUGACGUACUCAAACGAACACGAACACAAAAUGGGUAUGAACUAUCUCAAGAUUUAUUAGACAAGCAAAUUGAAAUGCUCGAACGAAAGUAUGGAGGGAUUCGAGCUCGUCAUGCUGCCAUCACAAUUCAAAGAGCGUUCCGACACUAUACAAUGGUUAAAAAAUUUGCAUCGAUCACGGCAAUGGCCAAAGCCGAAAAACGAUUGAGCCGACGAUUGCCAUUGUCUACACAACAACAACCGCAACCACAGCAACAACAGAUGCACAACUCACCAUUGGCUGAGGAUGUGUUGAGUUCAUCGUAUGUGUCAAAUGUGAAUGUUAGCGCUGGAUCGGAGUCAGAUGUAAGCAUCGGUAGUGGUAGUCAGAAUCGUAGUGCAUGCAGUAUGGUAACACCAUCCAGUUCACGUGUGGCACCAAUUCGUUCGAUGUCGUUGCGUGAACGUCGCAGUAUGGAUGCUUCGUGGUCGGAAAAUGCCAAUCAGGUACCAGAAAAUUCGAGUCAUGUCAGUGGAAAAUAUCGUAUCCAUGGCCGAAAUAUGACACCAACAUCAGGUGAAUCGAAUAGCCCAGUGUCGAGUGGCGGUGCAUGGACAAAGUCGAACCAACACUCACAUCCACAUGUGAAUCUAUUGCAUGCAUCUGAACAACACUAUCACAGUUCACCGAUCCAACAGGGCCCCUAUCAGCAAAUGCAACACACACAUCAAUAUCAACAGCACUCGAAUUCAUACUGUCAACAGGACAUUAGCUUGAAUUCCAGCUCACAAAUUGACUCGUCACACUCAUCGAUGAAUUCAUCGUGGAGUUCACAAAACCAAAGUCCCAUGCAGCCAUACUACUCAGCGCAACAGAUUUAUAUGCGACCACGCAUCACCACCGCCCAAAUGAUUCAGCAACAGAACAGCAAACGGGUACCACCUGAAGUGCCGAAACGAACCUCUUCCAUCACAUUACAACAUCGUGGCUAUGAUCCAAACGGACGCGCAAUACGGCCAAAUGGGUUGUGCAAAACAGCUGAAAAUGGUAGUCUUAGCUCAGUUCAGUCAUCUGGAAGUGAUAGCAGUGCCGAUCGUAUGCAUUGUGACGUCGGCUCUGAUCGUUCAACAUCGCCGCAAUGGAAAGGAAAAGUUCAAUCACCGGACCACAUAAGCUCUGGCUGUCCAUCGGCCGAUGCUGAGUACCUAAGUUCGCACACCAGCGCCGCUCAGUAUUCAAUGGAACAGCAUGAACCGUUAGUCACCACACCUAGCUACAAAGUGUCCGAAACGAUUCGAAAGCGUCAGUAUCGUGUCGGUUUGAAUUUAUUCAAUAAGAAACCCGAAAAAGGAAUCACCUAUUUGAUUCGGCGCGGAUUUUUGGAGAAUACACCGCAAGGUGUUGCACGGUUUUUGAUUUCGCGCAAAGGACUGUCGCGACAGAUGAUUGGCGAAUAUUUGGGCAAUUUACAGAAUCAGUUCAAUAUGGCCGUGUUAGAAUGUUUUGCCGGUGAGCUGGAUCUUUCUGGCAUGCAAGUCGACGUGGCCCUGCGCAAAUUCCAAGCUUACUUCCGUAUGCCGGGUGAAGCACAAAAAAUUGAACGUUUAAUGGAAAUUUUCUCGCAACGAUAUUGCCAAUGCAACUCCGAUGUGAUCGCUCGUCUACGCUCUUCAGAUACCGUUUUCGUAAUGGCAUUCGCCAUCAUAAUGCUGAAUACGGACUUGCACACGCCAAACCUCAAGCCGGAGCGACGAAUGCGCGUGGAAGAUUUCAUCAAAAAUUUGCGCGGAAUCGACGAUUGUCAUGACAUCGAUCGGGACAUGUUGGUUGGUAUUUAUGAGCGUGUUAAAGCCAACGAAUUCAAACCCGGCUCCGAUCACAUGACCCAAGUGAUGAAGGUGCAAGCUACCAUUGUGGGCAAAAAACCGAAUCUCGCAUUGCCACAUAGACGAUUGGUGUGCUAUUGUCGGCUCUAUGAAAUUCCCGAUAUUAACAAGAAAGAACGGCCCGGCGUACAUCAGCGCGAAGUGUUUCUAUUCAACGAUUUGCUAGUGAUCACGAAAAUAUUCAAUAAGAAAAAGAAUUCAGCCACCUACACAUUUCGAGUUAGUUUCCCAUUGUGCGGAAUGGUUGUUACACUUUUAGAUGUACCAAAUUAUCCAUACUGCAUUCGAUUGUCCCAGAAAGUGGACGGUAAAAUUUUAGUUACAUUCAAUGCACGCAACGAACAUGACCGUUGCAAAUUUGCCGAAGACUUACGUGAAUCGAUCAGUGAAAUGGAUGAAAUGGAAUCGCUGCGCAUCGAAGCUGAAUUAGAGCGCCAGAAAUCGGCACGUAGCUCACGAAACAAUGGCGGAAGUGCUAGUUCGGAGAACCGGGAUUCAGGUGUUGCAGACGUUGAAGUUUGCCCAUGUCCAUAUCAAUCGCCACAAAAUGAAACGCACACAGAGGCUCACUUGAAGCGCAGUGCACUGAGCAACUCAUUGUUGGAUAUGCACGAACAAUUUGGAAAUGAGAAGCCUCAACGACGUGGUAGUGUUGGAUCAUUGGAUAGCGGCAUGUCGAUAUCGUACACGUCUGCCAGUACUGGAUCUCGUGACAACGCAAAGGUUCGCCUCAAUAUGCAACAACCAUUUCAGCAACCGCAAUCGCAACCGAAUCAAGGUAUUUUAAAUGCAGUAAACAGUGGAAUAUCGCCAUUGUUGCUUGCAACUGGCAGCAUUGUUGGUGCCAGUGGUGCCGUUGGAGUCGCACAGCCCGGAUUUUUGGGUGGCAUUUUCAAUCGACGCGAACGAAAACUCUCGAAAUCCGACGAUAGCGGCAGCAGUGUCUCUUCAACCAUUCCUACAACCAUUCCUGCAAAUAAUGAUCGAUCGACUGAGGUUUAAAUUACACCCACCAACAACACGAUCAAAUCUUCCCUAUCCUAAUGUGAUUCGACCUUCAGUCACCAAACCACAUCACUUUCGGCACCAUUGAAUGAAUAUGCGAUCGAAUACUUUCGAAACGUUUGUUGUUCGAAUUAAAAGAAAGGAAGAAGAAACAUGCAGGCACUGGCCAAAAUAAACACUAACCCAAUUUAAUUCGUAGGUUAGUUUUAUGCACAACAACAAACACAGAAGAAAAAAAAACCGAGAGAAAUAGAGCAAUAGAGACAACACAAUUCUAGCGACAAAAAACAAAAAAACAAUAUUUGAUGUGUAUGAUUGUAACAAUAUUUAUGUACUACUAGAUAACCGAAGUUUAAUGAAGAUAAAUUUAAUUAAAUUCAAAAUGAUACAUACAGCUAGAGUGGUCAUUUGAUAAAUUUCCCUCAAUUUUCGUGACAAACCUUUGUAGAAAUUGUAAUUUAUUUAAAAACUAAUUCGUAUAUUAUUUGAACACAAACCAAGAAUGAUAAUUUAGCUACCAACAACAAAAACAACGUGAAUUUAAGACAUCAACAAAGUAUUGGAAACAUUCUUUUGUCCUAAUCGAUUUAAUAAAAAAAAAAAAAAUCGGAUUGCAUUUUUGGAACAAUAAUUGAAUAUUUUUUGGGAUCAUUGGAUGCGUCUUUCAGGGCGACAAUCAAACAAUUUCUUUUGUAGUGAUUUGCUUUUGAUAGAAUUCUAGAAUUUUUUUAAAGAAAAACGAACAAUUAACCUCUACAACAAGAUGGUGUUUUCUUUGUGCUUUUAAUUUUCGGGAAACAGUUGGUUUUAGUCAAUAUUUCACUUGAAGAAGAAAUGAAAGAAAAAGAUGCAAUUUUUGUGUUGCGAAAUUUUCAAUGUGCCGCAGAUUAAAAACGAAGUUUCGCUAUCGUUGACAUCUAGACUAACUGUCCAUCCAAUCGAAAGAAACGGUGUUUCGAUACACACACAAAUCCAAUCAGUUGUCUCAUUCUAUUUUCGUACAGAUGCAAUGAAUUACAGCUCGCUUAACGAAAUAUUCUAUUUUUUUUUUGGUAACAAAGAAAUCGACAAAGAAAGAAUAAACGCUCGACUCGCACGAGAUGUUCAUUGACAAAUAAGACGAUUCAACGCGUGAAUUACCUUAAACUAUAAGAAUAACUCCUCAUUACGAAAUGUGUAACCCGAAUAAAAUUUAAUUAGAUAUCAAAAUAAUUACGAUAAUCUAUACUCUAUUUUUUAUAAAUUGAGCAAAGAAAAAGAAAAACAAAAUCCUGUAUGAUAAUUGAGAAAAAAAAAACAAUUUUUGUUUUGGUAAACAAUAUUUAUUUGCUUUGCUUUAGCGUUUAAGAAGACGGUGAUCGGUUUUUGUGUUGUGCGAUAUUGCAAUUGAACAAAUGCGGUCGCGCAAGAGCCGAAUCAUAUGAUAAUUCUUUUUAAACAUAAUUAAUAUGAUAAUUCGUAAUUUCUUCCCAAACACAUGUAUAUUUGUACAAUUUUUUUCUUUAUUUUUUCGUUCUCUUGUCGUGAUGUUUAGUCUGAGUGUGAGAGAGUGUAUAAAAUUACAUUUCACAUGAAAAUAAAAUAAUAAUUUUUAAGUGUAUGAUAUUUUUUUUCUUUCUUUUGUCCAUGUGUUACUUUGUUUGAUUAGCAUUGGCCGUCAGCCCAAUCGAUUCUAUUUACAAACGAACGAUGCAUGAAAUGAAAGAGACUAGAGAAAGGAAUAAUAAUUUCAUUUCACCGUCAAAAUAUGAUUUUGCAUAAGCUAAAAUUUAAGUUGAAAUCUAUUCAUAAAAUAUAAUGAGAGAACUAAAAGGAAACUUCGUAUUUAAAUUGCUAGUUAUGUUUUAUAGAGACCAUUUCAUGGGACAAUGCGCCCACAAUUCGUUCAAUGAAAAUCCAAAAUACACACGAAAAGGCAACCGUAGUGCGGUUCAACCACAAUAUAGUUCGUACCCACAAUUUUGAUUGGCAUGUGUUAGACUUAUUGCCAUCAAUCGCCACCCAUUUACCCAGUUGCUCUCCCACACACAAAAAAAAACAAGCAAACAGCCACAUCAAACCAAUAUUAUACAGAAGCUAAUCAAAUUAAUGAAUUAAUUGUAUCAGGAGUUCGCAAAUUUAGAUAAAUACAAAUUAAUUUCAUGUGAGUCCUUUAAGUGUAGUUUUUUCUGAGCGUAAUAACAACCAAAUCCAUAACAAAUAACUUCUAUUUAAUUAAUAACAAAAUACAAUGUAUUCAAAAUAAUAAUAAAAAACAUGUUUCAGUGAACAAA